AUGGCUGAAGAUAAAGUUAUUUUAUGUAUCCAAAAGAACUCGUUUGGAGAAAAGUCAAAAUUCCAGAAAAACUUGCCAGUUUUCUACGAUGACAAGGGUCUGUUAAGAGUGAAGAUCAGGCUAGUUCUGAAUGACGACAGUGAAGAUUUCAAAUUGCCGAUUCUUUUACCUUCAAGUCAUCCUAUCGUCACACGUCUCAUUAUGGAACUUCAUGUUGCUAAUCAACACGCUGGACUUAAAUCAAUGUUAAUUAUAGUCAGAGAAAGGUUUUGGAUUUUAAAGGGUAUAAAAACCAUUCGCAAUGUUUUAUCUCACUGUGCCAAAUGCAAGAGAUUCAAGUCUAAAGCAGGAGAAGCACCAGUUGCUCCACUUCCCUUAGAACGGAUCACGGAAUGCAACGCUUUCCAGUCUAGAGGCAUUGAUAUGGCAGGACCACUGUACCUAAGAAACGGGGAAAGAGCAUGGGUGGUUUUAUUCACAUGUGCCGUGUACAGAGCUGUGCACUUAGAGCUGGUACAGUCUCUUUCAACGGAAUCCUUCAUAUCUGCUUUACGACGGUUUAUAUCCAGAAGAAGACGGAUUUCACUAAUUUACACAGACAAUGGGACCAAUUUUGUCUGUACAAAUAAUAUCCUUAAGCGGUUGGAUUGGAAAACCAUUUCUCGGAAAUUCGAGAUCCAUCAAAUAACCUGGAAAUUCAAUCCUCCAAGUGCCCCAUGGUGGGAAGGUAUGUGGGAACGACUUGUGAGAAUGGUCAAGGAACUGGUGAGGAGAAAUCUAAGAUUGGCAAAAGUAGAUUAUGAAGACUGA